AUGGAACUUGGCCCAUAUCUUACCUUUGAUGGGAUAGACUAUGAAUGUACUCUCUGUGAGAGGCUUUUUGCUUCUAAAGGCUCACUCUACGCACACUGCAGGAACACAUCCCGACACGAGUGGUGUGAGAGGUGCUGUCGAGUCUUUAUUUCAACGGCAUCGAAAGACGCGCAUCUUAAAGCAUCUAGCAGACAUAACUUUUGCUCCGCUGAGGAACUUAGAGAGCAUGAUAUCGAUAUGCACAACUUGUUUAUUAAGUGUGAGAGGUAUUUUGUGAACAAGAACAACUUCGAAAUGCAGAAACAUCAGCCUCGAACGAUGGAAUGCUGUGGUUGCUAUAAGACCUUCAAAUCCUUCUCCGGAGUUCUGCUCCAUCUCGAGUCUGGGGGCUGCUCAUUGAAUAUUACUGAGGAUAAUCUCGACGACUUGGCCCGCGAAUGUUACCAAAGUAGGAAGUAUAUCAAUGAUGAGCUUGAGGAUGGAGGCUGGCUUUAUACCUGCCCACACUGUGUGACAGAAUUCUCAAAACUCUCCGCCCUUUACUAG